UUGGACAGCAAAUGUGUCACACAGUGGACGCGGCCUCUAUACCGUGCGUCAAGAAUCGAAACCAAAAAUGGUUCAAAUUGGAAAACAAAAGAGAACUUGGCAUUUAUAGCAGAGUGCGAAUCAUAAAUCACCGCUGCUCACAUUCGAAUGAGGAAGAGCAGAAUUGGUCCCGUAGUCCUUUUGAUUUCAUAAAUGAAAUGGAGGGAGGUACAAGAGGCACUAGAAGGGAUAGUGUGUGACAGGAGAUUGGGGGUCUGACAGCGGGAUGGCCCACUUUGAUACAGAGUACCAGCGCCUGGAGGCGUCCUACAGCGACUCCCCUCCCGGAGAAGAGAAUCUACUGGUGCAUGUUCCAGAGGGAUCCAAAUCUCCGUGGCACCACAUUGAAAAUCUAGACCUUUUCUUCCAGAGAGUCUAUAAUCUACACCAGAAGAAUGGAUUUACUUGUAUGCUGCUGGGGGAAAUAUUUGAGCUUGUGCAACUGGUGUUUGUGGUGGCAUUCACAGUGUUCCUGGCUAACUGUGUGGACUAUGACAUCCUUUUUGCCAACAAGUUUGUUAAUCACACUGAUUCCUCAAAGGUUACGCUGCCCGAUGCGUUUCUACCAGUGGACGAGUGCAGUGCUCGGAUCCGUGACAGUGUUUCGGUCAUCUUCAUCCUUAUCAUAUCAGGGGUCUUUUGGCUCCACCGUCUCGUCAAGUUCUUCUACAACAUCUGUUGCUACUGGGAGAUCAGAUCGUUUUACAUUAAUGCCCUAAAAAUGUCCACGGCGGACCUUCCUUAUUUUACCUGGCAGGAGGUGCAGGCAAGGAUUGUUGAGAUACAGAAGGAGCACCAGAUUUGCAUCCACAAAAAAGAACUGACAGAGCUCGACAUCUACCAUCGCAUACUGCGUUUCAAAAACUACAUGGUCGCCAUGGUCAAUAAGUCACUUCUUCCUGUGCGCUUUCGUUUGCCUCUGCUGGGCGACACUGUUUUUUACACCCGUGGCCUCAAGUAUAACUUUGAGUUGAUUUUCUUCUGGGGCCCUGGAUCUCUUUUUGAAAACGAGUGGAGUUUGAAGUCAGAGUACAAGCGUGGAGGGAACCGUUUAGAGCUAGCAGAUCGUCUGAGCUCACGGAUCUUGUGGAUUGGAAUCGCCAACCUUCUCUUGUGUCCAGUUAUCCUGAUUUGGCAGAUUCUCUACGCGUUCUUCAGCUACACUGAGGUGAUAAAGCGUGAGCCGGGAAGCCUGGGUGCUCGAUGUUGGUCUCUGUAUGGCCGUUUUUACCUCAGACACUUCAAUGAACUAGACCAUGAGCUAAUGUCACGCCUCAGCAAGGGCUACAAGGCCUCCUCCAAGUACAUGAACUGCUUCAUGUCACCAUUGCUGACGGUGGUGGCCAAGAACGUGGCAUUCUUUGCUGGCUCCAUACUUGCGGUUUUGAUUGCUUUGACUAUUUAUGAUGAAGAUGUAUUGGCUGUGGAGCACGUCCUCAGCAGUAUCACAUUACUUGGGGUCGGCAUCACAGUCUGCAGGUCAUUUAUCCCAGACAAGCAUAUGGUGUUCUGUCCAGAGCAGCUGCUUAAAGUGAUCCUGGCACAGAUUCACUACAUGCCUGAUCAUUGGCAGGGAAAUGCCCACCGCUAUGAGACCAGAGACGAGUUCGCACAGCUCUUUCAGUACAAGGCUGUGUUUAUUCUUGAGGAGCUUUUGAGUCCGGUCAUCACUCCCUUCAUUCUCAUUUUCUGCUUGCGCCGCAAAUCUCUGGAGAUCAUCGAUUUUUUCCGAAACUUUACUGUGGAUGUGGUCGGUGUGGGUGAUACUUGCUCUUUUGCACAGAUGGAUGUCCGUCAACAUGGUCAUCCUGCAUGGAUGUCUGCUGGGAAAACAGAGGCCUCCAUCUAUCAGCAGGCAGAAGACGGGAAGACAGAACUGUCACUCAUGCACUUUGCGAUCACAAAUCCACACUGGCAGCCCCCUCGGGAGAGCACACAUUUCAUCAGUCUUCUGAAAGAGAAGGUGCACCGCGAGGCCGCCGGAGGACAGCAGGGAAUCAUAGCAGAGAAUCCUAUCUUUACCUCAACCCAUUCACUACAGUCUGAUUCAGAGCCUCGCAGUCUUAUUGCAAAUCUCCUGAUUGGACCCCCUUCCCUUGUCUCGCUGCAUCUUGGUCGAGAGGGCUCCAUCAAUCCUGUGUCCAUUGGAGUGAGUGAGGGAGCUUCCGCCCUCCGAUCCCUCUCUCCGGUCAGCGCGAGUCUACACCUCCGAGGCAGCCACCCAUCCGCCAGACUGGCACGACAGGACCAUCCUGUGGUGACUGGGCGAGCAAUGACAGGCUCUGGCACUGACGCCCGUACCAUCAGCUCUGGCAGUAGUGCCUGGGAAGGCCAGCUAACCAGUAUGAUCCUAUCAGAAUACGCCUCCACAGAGAUGAGCAUCCAUGCUCUCUACAUUCAUGAGAUGCAUAAGCAGCAAUCGCGAGGUGAGCUGUCUCGACACACCUGGCACAGACAGGAGAGUGACGAGAGCAGUGAGAGUGUCAAUGAAGACAUGGAAGCUGCUCGCAACUUUCCCCGUUCCAGCACUUUCCCUAGUGCCACCAACUCACACCAGCAGGGGGCAGCACAUCACAGCGGCAGCCAGCGACGCUUCGACGGAACCUCAGAUCCUGUUUCUGGAAGCUUUCGAGUCCAGAGGACACCUCGUAUGCCUAUGGGCGGAUGGUCUGAGGAGAAUCAAAUAGGCCGGCAUCACGACCCAGUGCCCGAGGAGGGGGCUGAGGAUGAUCUACCGCCACACAUCCAUAAGGUGACUUAACAGGUGUAUCGUCGAUGAAGUACACAAGAGAGACUCACACCAUCCAUUUUCUUUUGGACACUGAUCACAAAAGUCAGAAUUAUUUACUCCUGGAUAGAACUCGAGACUCCCAGCUUAAUCAUUAUGCCAAAUCAUUUUCAAAUGCAUUACAAUGGUUUGAGCUUCUUAGUACAUCAUCAAAAUAUUAAAUGAUUCAUACAUCUUACAUAUUGAUCCGCUUGAUAGAGGGUGCAAAACUGAUUCUGUUAUUAUAUAUUUUUUUUUCCAUUAUAUUGUGAAUAGGAAAGUCUAAUUGGCCUCCCGAUGAGACCAUUGAGUAAACUGUCAUGUAGGAUUGCACUCAGUUGACCUUCACAUUUCUGUUCUCGUCAAAAAGUACAGGUCGGUGUUGAUGCAAGAAGUUUGUGCUUAGAAUUUCUAAGCUAAUUUGAAUAGUUUUGAUAGGAUGAAGAAAUAUUUAUAAUAUGCAAUGUGCCAUAAUGAACUUUAACGAUUUGCAAAAUUAGAUUUUAUUGUCAAUCCCAGAUAUCUGUGAGGGGGGGGAACCACUGAAGAUCAUUCAAGCAUGGCACUGUAAAAAUAACGCAUGCUAUUUAAGUUUUAUUAUUUGCACAAUAUCAAACAAGAAUGCACUUUAUCAUUUUUCAGAUCCAAAGGAUGACACAAAGGCAGUGAGCAAAUCAGAUUUGUUUUUAUAAACAUGCAGUUUUAAAGAAAGUUGUAUAUUUCUGUCUAUAGGAUAAGCGUUAAUAUAUUCCAGAUACCUCAGGACCGGCUUGUUUUUGGCACUGAAGUUGCCCAAAAAGUGCAUGACACUUUUUGGGUGAUUGACAGCUGCACCUUCCAUCCUCAAAUCCAUAACUGCUAAAAGGAAGUUGACAAACUUUUGUGUAAUUUAUGUGUGACUGCAAAGAUGUUGGAUCUCGUUCAUAGACCAUCAAUGCAUAAAAUGGCAAAAGUGUACAUUUUGUUUCACAUAAACUGACACCAUUUCUCAUAUCUCACACUGCUUGCAUACAUCGUGCUUGCAUAGAGAUUGUUCAAGGUGCAAAUUGUGCAUGACCCUUGACCUUUAUAGCCUGGUAUGUGUUUGUAAUAAUUGGCCUGUGAAAUGCUUCUGUGACCUUACCUAUCUACCAACUGCAGCUGUGCAUUUUCCAUUUUCUUUCGUUUUCAGUUUUCUAGGCUGUUGUAUAUUUACAUUUUGUACAGUUUAAAAUGCAUCAAUAAAAUGUAUUUAAUAGUUUGUGUA